UUCGUCAGUCUCUAUUCAUGAAUGGUUCGCGACGGUUGUUAUACGCGUUGGAUGUGAUAAGUUUAACGCAAUCUCUGUGCUCUCGUGAUUUAGAGAAGUGUGGCCUGUAUUGCAUGUUCGAAUCCCGUGACGGUAAUACGUAAUACGUAGUGCUCUGUUAGUGCUGCCAUUAUGCGGUGAAUAGCAAAACAUAAUUGUUUCCACCCCAAACGUCCCCACCAAGGAUUAAAUGUGUCAAUAUUUACGAGUUUCUAUCUAAAAUGAUAAAAGUUCUGCAGUCGCUUUGGGGUCGCGAUAUCAAUGUUAUGAGUACUGUGAUCAUCGAUUAUCUACAGCCAAGCAUAGGCUCAGUAUUUUAAAGGAAAGAAAACCGGAUUAAGUUGUAUACUAGUGGUGCUGAAUAUAAAAAAAAAAAACAAAUAAUUUAAAUUGUGCAAUUUAAUAUCCGAAAACGUGGAUUUUUGUGAACGUUACAUGUGCAAAUUGGAAUAAGAACACCAACUUUAAUAAAUACAAUUGAAGUUUUUGAAGAAAACAACGUUAGAAACAAAACGCUUCAAAAUUUUGACGGAAAACGGCAAAGCGCCCCCUAGGGCUGUCGCCUUGGCGUCCUAUUUAGGGGAAGGGUUUUCAGCAGUGGGUACUAGAGCACCACCAGCAAAAGACCUAAUGGCUUUCGGUUCCGUACUGCAGCAUAACCAGCACAACAUAGGUCGAGGUGAGCCUCCAUCCGGGGUCGGGGACCCAUGCGCCGGAUGUAACAAGCCAAUCCUAGACAAAUUUCUUCUGAAUGUGCUGGAAAGAGGCUGGCAUGCAUCUUGCGUGCGGUGUUGUGAUUGUCAUCAGCCUCUUUCGGAUAAAUGCUUUAGCAGGGAGUCGAAGCUCUACUGCAGGAAUGAUUUUUUUAGACGUUACGGUACAAAGUGCAGUGGUUGUGGACAAGGCAUCGCGCCUUCGGAUCUAGUGCGAAAACCGCGAGAUAAAGUGUUUCAUUUAAACUGUUUUACGUGUUGUAUUUGUAGAAAACAGCUGAGUACCGGAGAACAGCUGUAUGUAUUAGACGACAAUAAAUUUAUCUGUAAAGAUGAUUAUCUGCUCGGGAAAGGGCCACAUUCAUCAUCCAUGACAGACUCUUUGAUAGGUUCCGGAUCAGAAGAUGAAGAUGAAGAUGAACACCUGAGGCCUGGUCUAGGCUUGGGGUCGUUAGGACCAAAUGAUGGACCCCUCGGUGCAUCAGAUUUAUCUGUUCAAAGUAUGAGUACGGACAGUAAAACAGGCCAUGAUGAUAGUGAUCAGGGUUCAUUAGAUGGUGACCCAGAUUGUCGGGGAGACUCUCAAGCUGAAAACAAGAGCCCCGACGAUGGUGGUGGAUCAAAGAGGAGGGGUCCUCGGACAACCAUUAAAGCCAAACAGUUAGAAGUGUUAAAAACUGCAUUUAGUCAAACGCCAAAACCAACGAGGCAUAUUAGAGAACAAUUAGCCAAAGAAACUGGACUGCCAAUGCGAGUAAUACAGGUGUGGUUUCAAAACAAACGGUCGAAGGAACGAAGACUGAAACAGCUAACCAGUAUGGGAAGAGGUCCAUUUUUUGGAGGAGCUCGAAAAAUGCGUGGAUUUCCAAUGAACUUAUCUCCCGGUGGACUGGAUGAACCAGGAUUUCCUUAUUUUGCGACUGAUGGCAAAUUUGAUUUUGGUUAUGGCGGUCCGCCAUUCCAUCCUCAUGAUGCACCUUUUUUCCCUGGUCAUCCUGGCGGACCAAUGCCUUUUAACGCUCCCGGAGGACCUAUGGACCACGCCGGACCGAUCCCCAUGGUGAACGAGUUCAGUGGGUUAACACCAGAGACGAACUUUCUCAACCAACCUAAUGGCCCACCUGCAAACGCCACCACUGGUGGGAGUGCUCCUGAAAACAUGAUGGACGGCCCCAGAUCAGGCAGCCCAGAAUUCAUGACCUCUGGAAACUUUUCUGAACCUCAGAAUAUGCAAAACGAAGGACUUGUUUGACAUGCCUGGAAUUUUAUAAACUAUUUACUUAAGAUGUAAAACAUUGUAAAGUUUAUAUUAUUUGAAACCGCAGCUUAUAGUGACAAAGGCAAGUGAUAGGUAAUAUAAUUAAAAAAUGUCAAUCGUACAAUAUGUUUGAUGCACAUCCAUUAGCUUUUUUUGAAGAUGCAAUAAUCAAUAUGAAUCUUGUGACCCCAACACAUCGUCAUAUUUGUUCAAUUUGAUGAAUUACGGUGGCAUUCCUAACUUUAGAGGUUGGCAAUUAUGAAUACAGCAACCGUUUGAUAACUGAUUGCUGUUUCUUUACAAUUAAUUGUAAUCAUGCUUAACAGCAGUUAACCGUCAAACCAAAAUAAUUUAUCAAAAACCUAUAGCAGUUAUCGAGCGGAAGCUGUACUCAAACAAACAUCAAAGGUGCAACAAACAUCUUCACAAGAAAACAUCAUAUUGUAUUGACAAACUUUGAAGGAUUCAAAA